AUGAGGACCUGGAGGCGGCGGAAGAACUUUGCCUUUUUGCUCCUCGCUCUCCGCGUCUGCUGCCUGUCCACGGCGACGGGACAUGCUGACAACAACAUGCAGGAGGGAAGUAGUCCAGAUGAGGCUAAACAGCGAGGGGAGGCAACCAAAACAGAACGCUUUGGGACCACGGUACCUCUGCUGCUGAAAGGCAAGGAGCGAAGACCUUUCCUCCAGCUCACUGCCAGGAGUUAUCCUGCGUCACUCCAGCUGCUGGUAAGUGCGGAAGGUGAACAGCUGAUCCUGUUGCUGGAGAAAAAUGAGGGUCUUUUUGCAAGCCAUUACACUGAGACACAUUACCAGGAGGAUGGAAAUGCAGUCACCGGCGCUCACAACUUCACGAACAACUGCUACUACCACGGGGAAGUGCAGGCACAUCCAAACUCUGAUGUCACCCUCAGCACCUGCACAGGCCUUCGAGGCUUCAUCGCGCUUGAAAACAAGACAUUUAUCAUUGAGCCGGUGACUGGACAUGACAACGGUGCCCACUUAAUCUACCGAGUGGAAGAACUCCCACUGACCCCAGGAGCCUGCGGCCAUGGCUUCAACAUGUCCUCUGUUGCCGCUGAAAACCACAUCAAAAGCCCCUUUCAAUCCUUCCACACAAGGCAUAAAAGGCAUGCUCAGAAGACAACCAAGUACGUUGAGCUGAUCAUUGUUGCAGACAACAGAGAGUUUCAGAAACAGGGGAGGGACGUGGAGAAGGUUAAACAGAGACUGGCAGAGAUAGCCAAUUACGUGGACAAGUUCUACAGGGCCCUGAACAUCCGGGUGGCUCUGGUGGGUCUGGAGGUCUGGAGUGACUCUGAUAAAUGUCCCAUCACCCAGGAUCCCUUCUCCACCCUGCACGAGUUCCUAGAUUGGAGGAAAGUCAAAUUGCUGCCGCAGAAGCCUCAUGACAAUGCUCAGCUAAUAAGCGGGGUUUACUUCCAGGGCACCACCAUUGGCAUGGCGCCCAUUAUGAGCAUGUGCACAGCUGAGCAGUCUGGAGGCAUUGUCAUGGAUCACUCUGAGAACCCUCUGGGGGCAGCGGUGACUUUGGCCCACGAGCUUGGACACAAUUUUGGGAUGAACCACGACACCCCAGAGCGCGGCUGUGGCUGCAGGAUGACGGUGGAUCGUGGAGGCUGCAUCAUGACCCCCUCCACAGGGUAUCCAUUCCCAACGGUGUUUAGUACAUGCAGUAAGAAGGACCUUGCUGCCAGUCUGGAGAAAGGCGUGGGCAUGUGUCUGGACAACAUGCCUGAGGUCAAGGUGCUCUACGGCGGACAGAAGUGCGGCAACGGCUAUGUGGAGGAGGGGGAAGAGUGUGACUGCGGGGAGCCAGAGGAAUGUAUGAACCCAUGCUGCAAUGCCACCACAUGCACCCUCAAGGGAGACGCCGUGUGCGCACAUGGACAGUGCUGUGAGGACUGCAGGCUGAAACUGGCCGGCACCCUGUGUCGAGAGUCCAGUAACUCCUGUGACCUGCCAGAGUUUUGUACUGGUGCCAACCCUCACUGCCCAGCGAACGUUUAUCUGCAUGACGGGCACGCCUGCCACAGCGUCGAAGGCUACUGCUACAACGGCAUCUGCCAGACUCAUGAGCAACAAUGCAUCACCCUGUGGGGACCAGGAGCCAAACCUGCCCCUGGGAUAUGCUUCGAGAGAGUCAACUCUGCAGGGGAUCCUUAUGGGAAUUGUGGGAAAGACUCCAAAGGCUCCUUUGCCAAAUGUGAUGCGAGGGAUGCAAAGUGUGGUAAAAUCCAGUGCCAGGGAGGAGCCAACCGGCCAGUAAUCGGAACAAAUGCUGUUUCCAUUGAAACCAACAUCCCACUACAAGAAGGAGGGAGGAUUCUAUGUCGGGGAACGCACGUUUAUCUGGGCGAUGACAUGCCUGAUCCUGGACUGGUUCUGGCUGGUACAAGGUGUGGAGACGGCAUGGUGUGCCUGAAUCGCCAGUGCCAGAAUGUCAGUGUCUUUGGUGUGCAUGAAUGCUCCGGGAAGUGCAAUGGACGUGGGGUGUGCAACAACAAGAAGAACUGCCACUGUGAGGCUCACAGGGCCCCGCCGUUCUGCGAGGAUGCGGGCUUCGGUGGUAGCAUCGACAGCGGGCCAAUGAGAGUGGCAGCCGACAGUGUGGUCAUUACUGUGGCAAUCCUGGUUACCCUGGUCAGCCUCCUGGUGACCAUCAUCGUCCUCUUUCUGAGGAGGAAGACUCUGCUGCGCCUCCUCUUCAACAAUAAGAAGAGCACCUUGGAGAAACUCAGAGCUGUGGAGGCUAACAGGCCAACCAGCCCCACCAGGACUCAGUCCAUGUACAGGCCGACCCCGAAGCGCAAGCCUCCACCCAAACCCUCUGUAGCCAACAUUUAUAAGCCGUCUUUCAUGAGUGCGGAGCCUCUUCUCCCCCCACACAACUUCCACUCUCACAGCCUCCGCAGAAUGCCCUUCUACCAGCCCUUACACAUCAGCCAUCCUAUGCCGGUGUCUCUGAGUGUGAGUCAGCCCCCUCUGCCUCCUCUCCCAGCCCACCACAAGGUCCUGCCUGCCCACACGUCUCUCUCACCACCUCGAGUGACACCUUUUCUCAGUCUGCCGCGCCAGCAGUCAUCGUACAGAGUGGACCAGGACUUUGAGAAACCCAGGCCACCCCAGAAACCCCUACCUGCAGACCCACUGGGGAGGACCUCUCGGCUGGGUCACAGUGUCACAGCAGUGGGGGUCCACAUCCCCGGAACCGGACCCCUCCCCAUACCUAUCCCCACUGUGCCCCGGCCUCCACCCAGCAUCCCUUUACCCAGCAGACCUGUGCCGAUGUUGCCCUACAGACCACCAAAGACUCACAAGGACUGCUGAGCUCUUCACGUCACGGACGAGUAGAUCUCAUACCAACAGACGGAGACUUUCUUUAUUUGCACUAAGUACUGAGACUCUGUAAGACCUUUUGGACAGUCUGAAGUAUCACAGAGUCUCUAGUUAAAGGGGGCUGACAUCACACCUCGGUGCUACGCCUUUAAAAGGUGCUUUGUUGUCCUCACUCAGGUACCAAUGAACUAUUUAUCUAUUUAACUAUUUAACUGCGAUAUUACCAGUUUGUGCACAGGACACUCACCAAGAGGGAUUUUUCCACUGGGAAAAGUUUAGAAAAACAAGGUAACAUGGUGUAAUUAAGAAUAUUUCUUUCGCAUUCUUCGCUGAUUUUUAUACUUUUUUCUCAAACGAAAUGCUGAAAUAUAAAAUGUUUUUUAUAACCAGUUAAGUUGCUUGAAUAUUUGAAGGGCAAAAAUAAUUGUUUUGGCGCUAAAGUGAAGAUAAAGGGAAAUGGAGCACAACUCGGCACAUUGUCAGUGUAGCUUGUGGGCGAUAGAGCAGAGUUAUUUAUUUGUUUUUUUAUAUUUUUACGAUGUAUCCAAUACCAAAUACAUCUCUUCUAUCCAUUUCGCCGCGGUGCUAAAAAAAAGUCGAUGUUAAUCAGAUCUUCUUUUUUUUUUAAAUCAGAUACAAUGGACUCCAAUUAAACCCUCACACUACUUUUUUUAGUGCGGGAUUGAUCCGAUCAGCUCGUCUUACAGCCUCACAGUCAGGCUCUUCUAUUCCCUUAUGAAUUCAGUUUUGCGGUUAAGUACUAAACAGGAAAAAGUGCUUUUCACACAUCUUCAGACUGGCUCUGACACAGCGCUCUGGGCUUGUGUUGGACGCUCCACAUCGCUCCACCUCCUAAUUCUGGCAGACUCUGCGGAGUCUCAACAGAUUUGACAGACUGAUUGUGUUCCAGAGAAUUACACCAACACCAAAUAAUUCAACAUUAGCUCUGGUGUUUGUAUGUUUAACAUUUACGCUCACUUUACCCGCGAGUGUUCGAGCCAAGCAGGAUGACUUCAGCGCUGUGAGCUUUCCAAGCUUCCCCUCGACCGCGUCCAACAACAUCUUUAACCGUAUCUGUCUUCUCUUUUUUUGUUUUUUUUUUGGCCUUCAUAGCAUUCCAUUUUGAUUUUGUUUGGCUUUGAUAUUCUUGAACUCUGAAAUUUUAAUGCGUUUACAGCAUCCUUCAUCAGAUUCAGAGCUUGGCACCGCUCUGUGAGUUAGGCAAUUACCUUGAUGUUAUUUGUUGUUGAUUUGCUGUUGUUGUUGUACAAGGAGGGAUCAAACUGGUAAAAACAUUACAGCGCUGUUCUUUUUUUUCCCGUGUCAGUGUUCACUUUGGAUAAUGCAUUUUAUAUUUGAAGUGAGUUCAAAUGCUCUGCUUUUCUUCUCACCACUGCAGAAUGAAAAGUCACUAAAGCACUGCAUACCUGUGUUGCAUUUGUGAGGUGUUCAGAGUAACUGCUCUGUGCUGGAAAAUAUUUGUUAGUGCUGUGUCGAUUAGUCGUUAAAUGUUUAUGCCAUUUGUAAAAAUCUUAAAUGUACUGUGUUUAUUUACAUCACUGUAACCUGUUUUAGCCAUUGUAAAGAGUACAUAUUGUCUGUUGUCAUUUUAUUAUUCUUUCUUUUCUUUUUUUUUUACAAGCACAGUAAUAUAAGAACUGCUUUGAGGUUGUGCCCCAUUUACACUGGGUGAUGAAAACAUGACUUUGAAGAUUUCACCCUAUAACUUGUAAGCGA